UUGUUGUGUCGAAAAAACGCCCUUUUUUUCUGUGUACUUGGCAUUUUUUAAAUUUUUCGAAUUUUCCGCUCCGACCAACACAGUAUAAUUAUUACUAUCGUUACCUGUGGCGUGCGGGCUUAUACGAAAUACCAUCGAAGAACUACUAUAAUAAUUACCAUGUUAACAACCGACUGUCUGGCGUGCCUUGUGUUUACUACUCACGGUGUGAGAUAGGCUUCGGCCUUGUAACGAGACACCAAUGUUUUGAAAAAACUAUUUCUAAUUAAAACGAGUACACUGUAAUGCACGAAAACGUGCCAACCAAAGUGGCCGUUACAAAAUCUGUAACGCCUGUUCAUGGUCGGCCAGCUUUCAGUAAACACAGAAACAGCAACCACCAAAGGAACCUUAGCCUUGACUUUCGGUCGAUGGGUAUAGUAUUACCACCUAUAAAUCAUCCUUCACACCAUCGUAACCGCAGUCUAGAUUCGGUCCUGACGAAAAUUCCAGAAGUCGACGUGACAACUAGUCCAGAAUGCCCCGAACAAAAACGCACGCCAAUAUCGGACCCUAACAUCCAUUCGGAUGAUUCGGGUAUUGGAAGCUCCGAAAUGGCCAGCAGCUGCAGUCACGAAAGCCUCAGCUGUUCGGAACCAAGUCCGACCAAACACAAUGGUUGCGACUCACAAAUUUUCGAUAAAGUUUCUAAAAGCUUUUUACUGAGACUCAUUGAAUCCAAAUUAUUUGACAUGCCAAUGGCUAUAACGUACCUUUUCAAUUCAAAAGAGCCCGGUGUUCAACGAUAUAUAGGUGAUAAGCUUUUUAGUUUCGAAGAUAGUUCUGUAGAUUUUUUCUUGCCUCAAUUAAUUAGCAUGUAUAUACAAAUGGACGAUAUAGCGGAGGCCAUAGAUUCAUAUUUGGUUCACAGGUGUUGUAAGUCGUGUGAUUUUUCAAUAAAAUGUGCAUGGUUAUUAAAUGCGUUUAACGACCUAAAUAUAAAAACUAAAUCUCGAAGCGGUCAACUUAUCAAUACAAUACUGAAUGAACAUUACAAGCAAAGACCCAAUGAGAAAACUAGUUUAGAUUCUUUCAAUCUGUUAACCAAGAAAACACAUUGUCGAUCUAGAUCCGACAGUUCUAUGGUCAACCUCAAUGGAAUUCAAAUUGUUUGGGAGCGAAGUUUUCUGGGAGAUUUGAGUUCUGGUAUGGCUUUUGACAAUGGCUGCACUUGUACAGAACAAACGACGGAAUGCCGAUGUGGCGCUCCUAGAAUGAGUUCUGAAAUAGAAUUUGUCAAAUGUCUCGUUUCUCUCGGUCGAGAUUUGGCCAAACAACCGUCCAGAGAAGCUAAAACUACAUAUCUUUAUAGCCAAUUGAGCCUUAUUAAUAAAAAUUUACCAGCCAAAGUUUGGAUACCAUUAUACAAUUGUAAUCAUCACGUUUUAGCGAUUCCACCUCGAGCAGCAGCUGUGUUGAAUUCUAAGGAUAAGGCUCCAUUUAUUAUAUACGUUGAAGUGGCGGAAGUGGAAGAUGCUGAACGUUCUCCAUUAACUACUCGAGUGUCUAAUCUUCGGCAAACUCGUAGCGAAGAAAAUCUCAUUCGAUGUGAGCCUGAUGAUCCAAAACCGGAAGUCAUCAAUCAAAGUACAUUUAUUGUAGCUGGUGAUAUCAGACGUCGUCUCACAGAAUCAGCAGACAUUAAAGGUUCAUCACCUACCGACCCAGAAGACCCGUCAGCAGCCGCGUUAAAGGAGCUCUGGUCAGAAAAGGAAAAGAGAGUUAAAGAAAACUCGCCCUAUGGUUAUCUUGCCAAUUGGAAACUGUUGCCCGUUAUAGUAAAAACUGGCGAUGAUUUACGACAAGAGCUUCUUGCUUCACAACUGUUGCUUACCUUGCACAGCAUUUGGAUAGCAGAACAAGUGCCAUUAAAAGUUUUCCCUUACAGAAUAUUGUGUUUGUCAAAUGACGCUGGGUUUAUUGAACCUGUACUGAAUACCAUAUCAUUGCAUCAAAUCAAGAAACUUAAUAAGACGUCAUUGCCGAUGUAUUUUGAAGAAGAAUUCAAAGCUGAUGGAAAGAUAUUGGAGGCGCGUCAAAACUUUAUACAUAGCUGUGCUGCAUAUUGUCUUGUGUGCUAUUUAAUACAAGUCAAAGAUAGGCACAAUGGUAAUAUUUUGCUCGACAACCAGGGAAAUGUUAUUCAUAUUGAUUUUGGAUUCAUACUGUCAGCGUCUCCGAAAAAUCUUGGUUUUGAAAGUUCUCCUUUUAAAUUGACAUCAGAAAUGGUCGAUGUAAUGGGCGGUCCAGAUUCGGAAGGUUUCACAUACUUCAAGCAGCUCAUACUUCGUGGUCUGAUUGCAUCUCGUAAACACAUGGACCGUAUAGUGUCUAUUGUCCAGAUCAUGCAGUCUGCAAAUUCUCAACUUCCGUGUUUUAAAGCUGGAGCAACUGCCGUUAUAGGGUCUUUAAAAUGCAGAUUUCAUUUAAAUCUGACGGAGACUCAACUAACAAUGCUCGUUGAUAACAUGGUUGAAUCAUCGCUGCAUUCCAUCACCACCAGACUGUACGACGGGUUUCAAUACUACACUAACGGUAUAUUGUGAUUGGUGUUUAUUUUAGAAAAAAAAAUGUAUAAUAAUAUCAUACGAAAAAGUAAAAAAAAUGAAUUAAUUUUAUUUAUAAACCAAUACACUUACAAAACUGAAUCCAAGCCGAUAUGUUAUCGGUUUUAAAUACAAAUGUUUUUUGCUCAUUAAAACUUGUCAAUAGAAUACUGUCAAAUGUUACCUAAUUAAUUUGUAGUAAGAAAAAUAUUUAACAAUCCUUAAAAAUAUAUAUAUAUAUAUAUGUAUAUAUGUAUAUGAUAAGAAAAUCAAUUUUAUCAAGUUAAAUCACUUAAAU